GUGUAUAACGUAUUUCUCUGUCAACUCAACGUUUAGCUGCGCCACUGUUUCUGUCACGACCAGUCGACAGAUCCACCCACUCGCGACGUUUUUUGGAGCGAGUAAUAUAAAGAUAAAGCUUAUUGUAAAAUAUUUAGUGGCAGGCCUAUGCUAUAGGACUUUAUGGUGUUUAUUUAGUAAUGAAGUAACUACGAAAAUUGUAGGCGUAUCUAGGAACCAGUCCAAAACACACAAAAGGAGCGGAACAAGGAUAUCCACUCUCUCUCAGACUUGCUGGGAAAGCAGGUUAUUUGAGGACCAAACGACCAUGGACGAUAGCCCUCAGCGGGCCGUGCAAGGCCUGGGCUCCUUCCCGUGGUACGUGGGGGGGACUCAGGUUCUGGGCCUGGCCUGUGUGGUGAUCACGGGCGUGUGGAUGGGCAGGUAUCACGGAGGCUACGCCUGGGAUGGUUCGGGACAGGAGUUCAAUGUACAUCCCCUCUGCAUGGUCCUGGGCCUGGUCUUUCUCUAUGGAGAUGCGAUCCUGGUGUACAGAGUAUUUAGGAAUGAAAGCAAACGCAACGUCAAGGUUCUCCAUGCUGUGCUCCACCUUCUCGCCCUCAUUAUCAGCAUAGUGGGUAUCGUGGCUGUGUUUGACUUCCAUAAUCAUAACAAGAUCCCCAACAUGUACUCCCUUCACAGCUGGUGUGGCAUGCUCACCUUUGUUCUCUUCUGUGUACAGUGGCUGAUGGGGCUUGGUUUCUUCCUCUUCCCUGGGACAUUAAUGGCGCUGCGGAGCUGGUACCUGCCACUACAUGUCUUCUUUGGCCUGGCCAUGCUCGCCAUGUCCUUAGCCACCUGCCUACUGGGCAUUUCAGAGAAAUUGUUCUUCAGUAUCCAACACACAUAUUCACAGUUUGCUCCAGAGGGGAUCCUUGGUAACAUGCUAGGACUGCUGCUAGUAGCAUUUGGGAUUCUGGUAGGCUACGUGGUGACACGGGAGGACUUCAGGAGACCCCCGCACCCAGAGGAAGAGGCUUUAUCUGUGCACUUUAAGACCCUGACUGAGGGGCGAGGGAGCCCCACCUCACCUUAAACCAGGAAACACUCCUGUGUGCUCAGGCUUUUAUUUAAAACAUUUUUAUUUUUAAAAGCUGGUGUAUAUGAGCUGGGCUGGAACAAAAGCCUACACACCCAGUAUCUCUCCAGGACCAGCUGGAGAUCUGGCUGAUUAUGCAGUCUUUAUUUCAUGUCACAUCAAGAGCUGUUCUACACCCCCUUGUGAUGAAAUGGAGGUAUGACAGGACUUAUUUGACCAAUGUAUUUGAUUGCUGCCAUAUUAGGGCUCUAAAAACAAAAUAGCCUUUGGUAAGUGUUCAGUGAGGACAAAGCCAGUUAGUUGUGCCUUCAUCUAGGGCAGUAGAGUUAUACUUUGUUAAACAAAGUAACUUCCAAGCUUGUGAUAAACAAAGGAGUUGCAGUUCAUUCAGAGAUAUGUUCAUUGUGACAAAAUAUUGAAUUAAUCUUCCCCCCAGAAGUUUCAACCCUAAAGCACAUCUGGCUUGAUGGUUACUUGACUAAUUGAAUCAGGUGUGCCAGUUAAAACGUCUGGGGGGGCCCUAGGAGAGAGUUGGGAAACCUGCUACCACCUAUCCAAUAGUUUCAGGCAAUUGGAUAUGUCAAAACAGAAAAUUACCCAAUCAAGAAAGUAAGUGAUUAGGAUACUCUGUAGAGCAUUGCGCUUGCAGGAUAGUGGGUUCGAUUCCCGGGACCACCCAUAUGUAAAAAAAUAAAUCAAAUGCAUGCAUAACUAAGUUGCAAAUUUUCAUCACACUUGAAGGGUGGAAGGCACUACAACCAAGACAUUUCAAGGUGGGGAGGUUUAAACGUUCCUUAUGUUAAAUCGACUGCAGUAUAGGUAUGUAGUCAGUUAUAUUGAGAAGUGUCAAAUAAAUGCAUGUUCUGUGAUAUGCAGACAUAUUUUAUCUUAGUUACUUUGUUUCACUAUGACAGUGUAGAAGUAGUCAUGACCUGUAGAGGGCAAGGUGUAGGCCUACUCAAAAUCCUGUGAUCGUUAUAUUGCAGGAACUCAUUUUUUUGGAAAACCCCCCCAGCUCAAGUGAUAUCUUGAUUUACAGAGUCAAUUUGGUAAAUGUAAAAUGCUCAGAGCUAGUGUAAUUAGAAGGGAGUUACUGGAUUUAAUUGCACUAAGCUGCUUAUAUCUGUAUCCAUGUUUGCGAAUAGAUUUAAGUCUAUGGUUGGUGUAUGAAUGUUAUGUAUUGUAAUUUGCUUUGUUCAAAGCAUCUACUUGUUCGAAUAAUUGAACUAAGAUCACUUCUUGAUUCAAUAUCGCUGCCUCUUUUCACUUGUGGAAACUUGUUCUAUACAAUUAAACAUAUUGCCUUCCUAUCGCUUAUUAAAGAUGCAUGACUCAA